GCUAGACGUCAAGCUUGUGAAAGCUCUCUUGCACCAUGUCAUGGACUCGGGCACAACUUCUUGCGAGCACCACUAGGUCGCCAUGGACUCGCGACUUCCGCCAUCUCAAUCCCGUCCCCAAGAAGUUCUUGGUGCGGAAUUCGUUCUACGACCCCGCAAUUAAGGCCGUCCCAGUCCAGGACAGAAUCAAGUACUGGAACAUCGUUCCUGGCGACCAUAUCCGCAUUCGCGGGGAUACACGCAGCAUCGUACACGAAGUACUCAGUGUCAACAAGCUCACGAACCGCGUCUACCUUAAGGGUGCCGUGACGGAAAGUCGCGGAAAGGCACCUGUUAACCGCAACAUUCAUUACUCAAGAUGUCAGCUUCUUAUUGGGGAGACGGAAGCUGAGCAACCUGACGGUGAUUCAUCAACUAUUCAAAAACUGUUUGCGCGCCGUAUUGAAACCAGGAACGUACGUUGGCAGCCUGUGGGGCAUAAAUGGGAGUGGGACCGGGUAGCUAUCGCUCUCGCACCUCGGAAACAAGACCAGAAGCCCGUCAAGAUUGAAUGGCCAAAGCAAGACCCUCUCCCCAAGCCUCAAACUGAUCCAAUGCUCGACACGUCCGAGUCAGUGGUCAAGGCGAUUACUUACCAACCACCAGCAUUUGAUGCGUCAACGAUUGAUCCUACAGCGCGGGCAAAGGCGGAGAAAGAGUAUCUGAAAAAGCUAUUCCAACGCGACGCGCCGGCAUACGAUGAGUCCCGGCCUAUGGAGAUAUAUGUGUCUAAGGAGCUCUGUAAUCCUCAUGGACGCGCCAAGAUGCAGGCUCGUUGGCAAGCCGCACAGGCCCGGAAGUCGGCCUUGCUGCAGAAGCUAAUUCGGGAGCACACGGCCAAGACAUCUGGUGUCAGCGCGUCCCAGGCCAAGAUGGAGGCUCUUUUCAAGUACCGCCAGAUCAUGGACGAGGAGCGCAAGGCGGAGAAGAAGAGGAGAUGGAUGACGCCCGCCCGGCUGGCCAAGAUGGCGAAGAAGACCGGAAGGAGGCAGCGUAAGGCCGAGAAGCAGGCCGGCAAGUUGGACAACUUGGUGCUGCAUAAUGAUAGAAACCAGGUUGCUCCUCGUGUUUGAGGCAUCCACUCUGUUCCACUAUCUAGUGCUCGGACGUCUAGACGCAUUUUCAUAGCAUAGAUAAUUAGUCACAUAUAACGAUAAUUUGCACACCGC